CUCCAUUUUGUAAAUUUUGACAACCAUCGACACCGGAGUUUUAAAAGUUUUCAUCUUGUUCGUUCUAAACAAUUUCGGAAUUUCGUUUAGGAAAUACAGUAAAAUCAAUGUGCUAAUUGUGGUGUUUGUGGUACUAUUUUAUGCCAAAAUGCCGAUAAAAAACAAUGAAAUGUGAAAUUAAAAUAGAAAAUUCGGUGAAAAGUUUAAUCAUAGCAAAGUUUUUCCUUUGAUCAACUUGUUUGUGUGAAUUAUAUUUUUGUCCAUUUAUUUUUGUAAAUUUUUAAUGUAAAAUUUGAGAAAGUUUAUUUACUUGUCGAAAUGGUGAUUUCAAAAAAUGGAAAACGUAAACGCAAAGAUGUACCGCCAGUAGUUGAAACUACGGACAUACCUAAGAGAACACGAGUACACGCACAACGCAAAUUUGCACAGGGCCAAGGAUCAUCGUCCUAUUUGACUAAUUUCCCAACACAACAAAGUGCACCUGUCAAAGAAAGCAGUGAACCACCGCCAGAACUAUUACCAAAUCUACGACCGAAGCCAGAAGAUUUUCUUACAUUUCUGUGCUUUCGUGGCACUUCAGUACUUCCGCCACAUUUGGAUUAUUUUAAUCAAAACAGAAAAUCGGAAGCCGAAACCAAAGACGAUAGUACAAAGGGGGAAACUGUCGCAUCUGAAAAUGUUGACAAUACAGACAAGAGCGCCGAGUCAUCGUGUCCGAAGCCAUCUGGAAGUGGAGCUGGUAAUAGUGGAGAUAGUUUACAUGGAAAAGACCUAAAAGUGGAAAGUAAGGAAGAAGCGAAGCCGUCGUUUAUUCCAUUUGCUGUUCGUAAGCAUGCUGAAACAGUAUCUGAUGGAAAACGGAGACAAACUGUGCAAGCACUGAAAAGGAAAUAUCAGGAGCAGCGUUUAGCUAAAACACAAGUUCAAAAUUUGAUAAAAACUACGCAAAAUAGGCGAACAAGAUCGUCUGGUAAAGACGACGAUGCUGAUUCGAAUGAAAAGAAAAAAGAUCCCGUGGAUCAUAAGGCUGUUGUAUCAGAAACGAAAAAACCUGAUGAGAAAAAGAAGAAGGAAGUCAUCGAGAACAAGAAUGAUGAUUCGUCGAAGCGAAAAACUUCGUUAAGAAAUACAAGAAAUAAUCCACCUAAAGAGGACGAAUCAGUCAAGUCCGAUCUACCCAAAACUUCAGUGAUGAAAAAAACGAAACUUUCAGAAGAUGAUGAAAAGGUGUCAACCAAGACAGAAAAGAAGUCAUCAGUGGAAACAAUUACAAAAGAAAUCAAGAAAGAGGCAACGAAGUUAGCAUUAACCAAACAGCAAAUAACUCGUCAGAAAGCCACAACGAUACCGCAAAAUGAAGGAUCAAAAAUGAAGAAAGACGCAAAUGAGGACAUCAAUUCAGCUGAAUUUUCUGACUCGUCAGAUGAUAGACCGUUGGUAAAUACACUAAAAAAGUUGACCAACGUGACCAAGAAGCCUGUAGAUUCCACAAAAGAUCAAAAACUACCCGAUUCAGAAAAGAAGAAAGAUCAAUUGCCCACGACAAGUACAUCGAAGCCGGUAAAACGUCAAUCACCUAGGCCUACAACUGGUGUUUCACGAAGAAGUUGUGGACAGGUUGAAGUGGCUGCAGAUAAAAAACGAUCCGAGUCCGUCAGUCGAAAGUCGGAUACAAGUGAACCGAGUAUCAAAAAGAAACCAGUCGGACGGAAGAAAAAAGAGAAAGAGUUGAGCGAGGACAGUUCAUCCGAGAAAGUGACCGCAGUAAAAAAGAAGUUAAAUGAAAAACGUACGCCGGAAAAAGACAAAGACGAUUCCAAGCAUAAAAUAAACAUCACCGACGAUGAUAGCAUCAAGAAGAAACGUAAGCGCCGCAACGAAUUCACUGAAUUGGGUAGUGUAGAUAUAAAUGAUUCGGAUGCUUGCCGUUCUGCACGGCCUAGUCGUAAAACAAAAGAAGCCGCGGCUAUUUACAUGGAAUUAAUUGGUCAAAAACUGAAUCUGGAUGAUUUCGAUGAUGAUGGCUUUUCAAUGGACAGUUUUCCGGAGCUCCCGAAUGUCAAGAAAACUCAACAAAUGGAAAAUAGAUUAAAAGCAAACAUUGGAAAGCCGACAGACGUUAAGGUAUCACCCAAAAAGAAUAAACCAGAGAAUAAAUCUUCCAAAAAAGAUGAAAAAGCUGGCUCAGUUGUUGAAGAGCCAUUGGAGCCAGCACGAAAGGAGAAGGCUAAAGUUGGUCGAAAGAAGAAAGUUCUGUCGCCAAGCAAGGAUGUGUCGCCCGAGGUAAAAGAAAAAAGUCUUCACAAAAGUUUCAGUGAUUCCGAUGAUGAACCACUGGCUGUAAAAAUUACAAAGAAACCGAAGCCUAUCAGAGGACGGAGUCCGAAAAAGGCAAAAGACUCAAAAGAAAGUGGAAAUGUGGUUGAGGAAAAACUUGAAAAUACCGCAGUGGAGAAAGUUAAGCCAGAGAUUGUUACUAAAGAAAAACCGGCAGGAAAAGCAACAACACCGCUGUUAUCCAAAGCCACAGAUUCAGAACAAGAGAAACCAAACCUUCCGAAAACAGAUGCCGCAGCAAUAAAAGUUCCAACGAUUGCACCCAAAACCCCGCAAAAGUCAUUCGAAAGCGUUUUUAAGACACCAGCUGAAACAUCGUCCCAAUUAUUGAGUCCAUCGAUUUGUACAACGCCUGUGAAGCCAUCACAAAUGGAUACGAAGAAUAUCACAACCACUUCCUCAUCACCAAAAUCGAUUACGACGACACAUGAAACUAAAUCAAAUCUGCCCAACCUGAUGCCAAGCGCCGAAGAAUCUGGCAAAAUUUUCGGAAUUGCCAGUGUAACUCUUGCGCAAAGCUCAGGCCCCAAUGACACGAAAUGCACGCUCGGCAAAUGUGGUUCGAUACACAUACCCACACUAGGACCAGUCAUUCCAACCGAACUACCGAAUGCCGAUCCGACUACAAGCAAAGAAAAACAACGCAGGGCCAAAGUGAAUAUGUCACGAGCGCAAAUUCAAAAAUGGAUUUUGGAGUGUGCAAGGGCAAGAUAUACCAAUGAUCUGGAAGAUGAUUUAAGCUUGGAUGCUCCACUGAAGCCCAUCAACUAUCUAAGAACAGCUUCACCCGGACGGUUUAUGGAUGGAGAAACGGUAGACCAUGGUCCUGUAGCUUCGACAUCAAAGGGACCAACAUUGAAAGCUAAAUUAGUGAAAUUGAAGGAUAAAGAUAAGGAUGCGAGUAAAACUGAACUACGGUCGGUCAAGGAACGUGUAGAGGCUUUCAUAAACAAAAAGCCGGAACCUGAUCGAGGUCAUUUGUCGAUCUAUGAAGCGUUCGGUAGGAAAAAGUCGGCAUCACCAACUCCACCAACAGUUGUGAUACCUGUUACAACAUCUGAGAAAUUAGAGGCGCCCAUUAAAAGUUCACCGAAAGCUGUUCCGUCAAGUGCCGUAUCGAAGCCAUCAACUAGCAGUGCUAUAAUAUCACCUCCCAAACCGGUUUCAGCCGUUUCUGAUAAGAAGCCAAUCUACAAUCAGCGACGAACACCUGUGUACAACACCAAACCUGUUGAAAUUGCAGCCAAAACCAAACCGGUUGUUAACACUUUUGAAGCAUUUUCACCGGAAAACGAAAAAAGUAUUUAUUCAUUCGACAAGGAGGAAGACACAAUACCUGCAUCGACACCAUUCCGACGGCACAGUCGGCGAGAAUCGAACAAUUCACGUGUGGACGAGAAAUCGACAAAUAAAGAUGACAAAUCACCGGUUGGUCAAAAACAACAAGAGGUUUCUUUGACGCUGAGUCCAGAUGAAACGAGUAAAUCGGCAAUGAUUGCAGUUCCAAUAAACUUAGAUAUAUCAGCGCUACCAAAAUCGAAACCGAACAAUGGAGAUGAUUCUGAUUCAGAAGGUCAUACAUUUUACAUUCCACUUCAAGGUGUUAACACGUCGGGUGGAAAAUCAGAUCAACUAAUUCAAGGCGUUGCAGUCAAACUGGGAACCGAAGGACCGGAGGGACCCAAUCAGAAAGUAAUCAUGCAUGCAAAGCUUGUGACUAAAGCUGAAAUGGGAACCAAUAUUACACCGAUGCCGGAAUCGAUGGCGAGUGUUCAUGACAUUGUUAAAAGUCUUAUUGCAAGUAAAGACGCUGGUUGUUCGAAAUCUGUGCCGAUUGGAACUGUCCAACCAAGAUUUAAAUCAAGUAACGUACCUGGAACAUCGACGUCACUACCACAGGCUCAACCUUCAACGUUAAAUCGACAAAACUCUAAUCAAUCCCUGGCAUCACAAAAGUCCAAAAAUAAACCGACAGACAUUAUCCAACCAACCAACAAUACAGCUUUUCCACGAUACGAUGAUCCUGCGUCAAUGGUUGAAGCACCUAUCUUUCGUCCUACGGACAAAGAGUUUGCCGAUCCUAUGGAAUUUAUUGAUCGUAUUACUCCAGUCGCUGCCCGAUUCGGUAUUUGCAGAAUUAUCCCGCCGUCGUCAUUUAAGCCAGAGUGCAAAGUGUCAGAUGAUAUGAGAUUUACCGCUUACAAUUUGUACGUACAUAAAAUGCUGCAUCGAUGGGGACCGAGUGCGAAGGAAUUUAGUGCAAUAAAGAAAUACCUUGCCACGCAAUCAAUAACAAUGACUCACCCUCCUUGGAUUGGUGGUAUGGAAGUCGAUUUGCCGCGUUUGUACCACACAGUACAGGAACAAGGAGGAUUGAAAGAGGUGAUUGAGAAGAAGAAAUGGGCGAAAGUUGCAGAAGAAAUGUGUCUGCCGAAAUCGUGUCAGGAUCGCAUCACCAAAUUAGAUGAUAUUUAUUGCAAGUAUUUGUUGCCAUAUGAUACUUUGUCAACUGUUGAGCGAAAGAAACUCUUUGAUGAAGUGGAAGCAGAUUGGGCGAAGGCUGAAGCCAAAGCGCGACGAAAUGCCGAUCGUAGCACAAUGAGCGAUGUGAGCAACGAUGAUGAAUCGGAAAACGAUGAGUCGGAUGAAGAAGAUGAUAGUGGGUCAAUGGAAUGUAUAGUAAAGGGACGAAGUAUGCCAUUAAAUGCGUUCUUCCGCAUCGCACGCAAUACAAUGGCCUUGUGGUUUAAAAAUAAGGAACCGAAUUCAACCGAAAUAGAAUCCGAAUUCUGGCGACACGUUACCGUUCGGGAUAGUCAUGUGUGUGUGCAUUCGGCAUCAAUUGAUUCAAGUGGAUGGGGAUACGGAUUUCCAACACCCGGCCCAAAAGCAAAGGGAUCAGCAUGCGCAAAACAUCCUUGGAACUUAAAAGUGUUAACAAACAAUCAUGGUUCGAUACUCCGAUCAAUUGGACCAGUUACUGGUGUCACAGUGCCGACAUUACAUGUUGGUAUGCUCUUUAGUGCUGUUUGUUGGUAUCGUGAUCCUCACGGUCUUCCAUGGAUUGAAUAUCUACAUACCGGUGGUCAAAAGAUUUGGUAUGGCGUUCCAGACGAGCAAAGUGACAAUUUCCGCAAAGCUUUGACGUCACUAAUUCCAACCCAUUGCCAAAACAAAACUGUGUGGUUACCAUGUGAUACCGCUAUGAUACCACCGCACUCGCUGACUGAUCGUGGUGUGUCCUUAUGUCGCACAGAACAAGAGCCAGGCGAAUUCGUAGUGGUAUUUCCUCGAGCAUAUUCAUCGUCUGUGUGUACCGGAUAUGCCAUAUCGGAGAGUGUCUACUUUGCCACAAACAGUUGGUUGGAUACGGCGAAAAAAGAUUUCCAGGACAUUCACGAUAGCUGCGAACCGGCUAUGUUUUCAUUGGAACAACUACUUUUUGCAGUAGCGUCAGAUAUUCGAACGAACAGUGAAACAAUAUCCUCGAUAUUGCCAAUGAUAACAGAAGUAUACGAGCGCGAAGUGACUGAAAGGGAAGAAAUUCAGAAAGCGGGCGUCACUCGUAACGAAAAGAUUCCAAUCAAAGGAAGCAAAACGAAGCCGACGACGGAGGAUUUUGAAUGUGAUAUUUGCAGAGCCAAUUUGUAUAUUUCUUGGGUUAAGACCGACGAAGACAACAUCUACUGUUUGCAGCACUGCUUAAAGUACAUUAAAAACGAUCGCAUACAGGCGAAGCAGUGCAAAUUGAUAAUAACGUAUAGUGUUCAGGAAAUCGAAACGUUGAUUGACAAAAUCAAAGAACGGGGCACACAGCAAUCGCAAAAGAAAAAUAAAGUUUUAGGCAAAAAGUGAGUAAUUUCAAUAUGAUUUGAUAUUGUGGGCCUUUUACAAACAACUAUGCCAUCUGUUAAGAGCGAUAACAGAAGUAGACGUUGGGCUGAUCCGGUAUUAAGUAGCAAAGUAUGUUUAAACUAUUGAAGUAAAAGACUUGAAAUUGAUCUGUUGAAAACAUUUAGAUCAAAAGAAGUAAUAGAUUCGUAGUUAAUAUGGUGAUAUAUGCUUGCUGUUUGUAAAAGAUGAAAAAUCCACAAAGGUCCGUAGGAUCUUCACAUGCGAUAGCAACAUAAAUUUGAAACAAUUUCAUAAAAGAAAUUUCGCAAAGGUCAUUUCUUUGAAUGAAUCCAAUCAUAUCCACAAAAAGCUCAAACAUUUUCAGAGUAGCGGCCGGCCCUUCAAAGUUGAAUUUUUUAUUUAGAGAAAUAAACUCUACUUCUCCCUGACGAUUCAUGGUCCUCUCUUUUAUACAAUAUUUUGAAGACAUUUUUUUGUUACAAAAUAUUUUAUUUUCUCACUAACCCUUCAACCCGCACACUUGACUGUUGUGGUUCCAAUUGAAAAUAGACUGAAAAUCUGCUAUUUAUUAGUCCAUAGUUGAGAGAUCAAUAGUAUAUUCAGUCAAAAUCGUCAGUUUUGUGUAUCUUUUGUUGAAUUUAUAUUUCUAGUCUGAUGAUUCAAACUAUUCGGUAGCAAUUUUAUUAGCAAUGGAUAGAUCAUGGAAGUGGAAUCACUACUAGCAUAAGUGAAGCAAAAAAAAAACUCUCAAUUUUACAUCUCUAUUUCGUAGAUCAGUGUUACAGUCGCCUGGAUGCGAGUUCUGUUGACAAUUCAAUUUAUAGAAACAUAAAAAAAUUAGAUAAAUCGCUUUCGCAAAGCCAUUGAUACGCCACAAAGUAUAACGCAUUUUUUGUACAUUUUGUUUUGUAAGAAAAUCUUGCAAAAUCCGAAAGGUGAGAUGAUGUUAUUAUGUUUUAAAAGUCAAUAACAAUUAUUAAUAUAUAGAAGAGAGUAAAAACAAAUUGAGAAUAUAAAAAAACAUGAAUGGAAAGAAAAUUGCAGAAUUGCAGAAAAUUUGGAAAUGAAUUUUUUUUAAAGAAAAUUAUUUAAUAAUAUAUGAUGCUAGUAAUGGAUAAUUAUUAUGUCUGUGUGUUGUAAUAAGGGCUAAAGUA